AUGUCACAACCGCAGAAGCGUCCGAGCGAAGACGUGGACCACCAAGAUGGGAGACGGUCUGCGCCUCGCCCACCCCGCAUCAGAGCGUGUGCAGAAUGCAAGAGGCACAAGAUAAAGUGCGAGCAAGUGCCCAACGAGCUGAAAUGCGCAAAAUGCUUACGUAGCGGAAAUGAUUGUGUCCCUUACAACUUGAAUCAACGUCUGCUAGAUGAAGAUGCUACAUGGAAAGCAGAUGCGGCCGUUGAGUUGGCGCAGCUUCGCUCUGCGGUACAGCGCCUCCUUCGCCAUAACAAGCUCGAGGAGCUUGACAGCUCUGCAGAAAUAUCACCAUUUCCUACGUCAGGGCAGACGAUGAACGUCAGCCCAGUCAACGUUGUCUCUGAGAAUGGGUGCGCCACCAUGGUCGUCCCUCCAAUGGACAUGACCAGGGACAAUUCUACUGAACGCGACUCUGGCGAUGAGUCUGGUUUAGUUAUAGCGCCUAUGCGGAGUUUGUACGACCUCACCAGGAUUCGCAAUCUUCGAAGCAGCGCCCGGUUGAAAUCGAAAUCAAAUCCUGUGGAAGAGGAUUUCAUCGCACAAGGUCUUGUGCCUCAGGCCGAGGCUGAAGAACUCUUUAAUCGGUACAUGCAUGAUAUCCACCUCUAUCUCUGGGCGGGUGUGUUGUUUCCCUACGACUCUUUGGAAGCCGUCCGUCGCCAUUCUACACUUCUCACGGCUGCUGUCCUCACCAUAGCGGCAUUGCAUACACCUGGUCGCGACGACACGCUGCAGAGAUGUUACAACAUAUUUGUGUCCUUGACCUACAGUGCCUGUCUCUCUCGACCGCAGAACCUCGACGAUAUUCGAGCGUUGGCUCUUGCUGCAUUCUACCUGUCGAACUUGAGUUGGAAGCUCUCUGGGAUUGCUGUGAGAAAUGCCGUCGAGAUGAACAUGCAUCAAUCGUUUCAAAAACUAAUGCGGGGACACGAAGACCAGCGAGACCACGUUCGGUUGUGGUACGCGUUAUACGUAUGCGAACAUCAGUUCAGCAUCGCCUAUGGCAGGCCGCCCAUAAUUCACGAAGACGUUGCGAUCAAGAACAUAGAAUAUUUUCUUGACAGCCCAAAGACGCAGCCGGGUGAUAUCAGGUUGGGCGCCCAAGUCACUCUAUUCAAGAUACUGACAGAGGCCUACAUCGCAUACGGAAGUGACCCCGAACAACCACUGACGGAAUCUGACUUCCAGCAACUCCGGCUGUUCAAUUUCGCCAUCGAGCAAUGGAGAUUGGCAUGGCAAGCACGAUCUGCCGAUAGUGCAGUCAUAGGUUCCUACCCAUCGAAAGGUGUGGUUCUCUACUAUCAUUUCGCACGUUUCCAGCUGAACUCGCUCGCACUACGAGCUCUCCCACCACCCAGUGCCGCCAUGUCCGAAUCUCUUUCUUACGACCGCCGUGAGGCCGCCAACAUUGCCAUUUCUGCAGCCACCAGCACUCUAACCCUCAUCUUCGAGGAGCCUGACCUACGACGAGCGAUGACUGCAGUCCCCAUCUUCACGCACACCAUGGUCGCCUUCUGCGCCACAUUCCUGCUCAAGAUGGCGAAAACUUGGGGUGGAAUGGCGCAAGCAUCAUCACCUGAGUGGGCUACCGAACCGGUUGGAUUGGGACUCAACUUCAACAUAACCCAAGUCCUUUCUCUAUCGCGAAGAUCUGUGAGUUUUUUGGCAAAGGUGGCAGAGAAUCUGAACGAGAAACACCUCACGAGACAUAUUGUUCAUGGGAUCAACGACCUUUUGAAGCGCCUUGAUGAUGUGGGGACGCCAAAUAAUGUUGCAACAAGUGUGCUUCCGCCCGUGGAAGCUGUCAGCGCACAAGCUUUAGAUCCACCAAGCUCCACUGCUACUGUAGAUUAUGGAGGUGUGGAAGGUGUGAAUGGGUACAACAUGUAUGAUUUGAUAGGGAGCUAUGGGUUCGGAUUCGACGAGACGUUUUUGGGCCAGGGAGCUUCGACGAACCUUGACUUUUGGCAAACAGACCCCUUUUGA